AUGAAGGUUCUCACGCCAGAGCAGGAAGAGGCGCAUUACAUUGCCUCGGUCAAGGGUGGAACAAUUGGUGGUCUCAUCGGUACAGCAGUUGGCGCCGCCGCUGUAAUCGGUGCGAGCAGAAGAUACCCGUCCUUCCGGGCACUCACGCUGCCCUUCCGUGCUUUCCUUGUCACAUCCGCAGGAACGUUUGUUGCUGUCAUUGCCGCCGACCGCGCCUCCGCCGCAUACGACAUCGAGAACACACCCGAGAAGAAGGCGCAGAUUCAGCGCGACAGGGAGCGAGAGGCGCUACUCGAGUCCAACAAGACCGCGUUCGAACGGGCCAAGGAGUGGGCCAACGAGAACCGCUACCCUCUGCUCUUCGGCUUCUGGGUUGCCUCCAUGGCUGGUUCGUGGACCAUGGUCAACCGCAACCCCUACCUCAGCGGAUCCCAGAAGUUGGUGCAGGCGCGUAUGUACGCGCAGGGUGGCACACUCGCAGCCCUCCUCGCAUCGUUCGCUAUCGAGGGUAACGAUGUUGCAAAGGGCAAGGGAAGGUGGGAGACAAUCAAGGUUUUGGACCCCAACGACCCUACACAUCAGCACAUCAUCGAGAAGAAGAUUCACCACGAGAGGUAUGCCGGUGAGGACCAGUGGAGAGAAAUGGUUGAGGCCGAAGAGGAGCGCAUGAAGGAGCGCAAUGCUCACAUCGAGGCCAAGCGCGAGCACCCCGAUAACAAGAAGAAGCAAGACCAGGCACAGAAGGAGAAGGAGGAGAAAGACAGGUCUGGUGCCAAGUCUUAG